GAUUAUUGAAGUGAUUCAUGAUCAAUGCCAUGCUGACCAUGCGGUGCCUAUGAAGAAGUUAUUUGAUACGGACAACAAGGAAAAGGAAACUCAAAAAAGUGAGGUUGAUACGGCAGCUCUAGCAAGAAGAAUGCCGAAUAUAAAAGUGUUUAGUGGGACUUCCCAUCCAGAUUUGGCACAGAGGAUAGUCGAUCGGCUAGGAAUCGAUUUGGGAAAGGUCGUUACCAAAAAAUUUAGCAAUCUAGAAACAUGCGUGGAAAUUGGUGAAUCCGUUCGAGGGGAAGAUGUUUACAUAGUACAGUCGGGAUCUGGGGAAGUGAAUGAUAAUUUGAUGGAACUCCUCAUUAUGAUCAAUGCUUGUAAAAUCGCCUCCGCCAGUCGAGUAACUGCAGUCAUUCCAUGCUUUCCCUAUGCUCGCCAGGACAAAAAAGACAAGAAUGACAAAUCCGAAAAAGAACAAAAUGUGGAGAAGUGGAAAUCCAUUGAAUGGAAGUUCAGGAGCCGCGCCCCCAUCUCCGCCAAGCUGGUGGCCAACAUGCUAUCGGUGGCGGGCGCCGAUCACAUCAUCACCAUGGACCUGCACGCCUCGCAGAUCCAGGGCUUCUUCGACAUCCCGGUGGACAACCUGUACGCGGAGCCGGCCGUGCUGAAGUGGAUCAAGGAGAACAUCGCCGAAUGGCGGAACAGCAUCAUCGUGUCGCCUGACGCUGGUGGGGCAAAGCGGGUGACCUCUAUCGCCGACAGGCUGAACGUGGAGUUUGCGCUCAUCCACAAGGAGCGGCGGAAGGCGAACGAGGUCGCCUCCAUGGUCCUGGUGGGCGACGUCAAAGACAGAGUGGCCAUUUUGGUGGACGACAUGGCCGACACUUGCGGCACGAUCUGCCACGCGGCCGAGAAGCUGAUGGAGGCCGGUGCGACUAAGGUGUACGCCAUCUUGACGCACGGCAUCUUCUCCGGACCGGCCAUUUCGCGGAUAAACAACGCUUGCUUCGAGGCCGUGGUCGUCACCAACACCAUUCCGCAGGACAGGCAUAUGAAGGACUGCUCAAAAGUUCAGUGCAUUGAUGUUUCCAUGAUGUUUGCAGAAGCCGUGAGGAGAACUCACAAUGGCGAAUCCGUGUCAUACUUGUUUUCAAAUGUACCUUAUUGAGAUACGAUCUGAAUUUAUAAUAUUAAACCUGUAAUGACAAGUAAUAACAUAAUUGGUUAGUUACCUAUAAUUUUUAAUAAAAUUAUAUUCAACACC